AUGGAUGAGAUCAGAUCGGAGAAAGAAGAGAAAGGUAAACGUCGCCGUAAAGCCAUUUGCCGUAAAACCGGUGACCACGUCCACUAUCCACCCACGCGCCUAACCAAACCGACGCGUCCUCCUCACGCGCCAUCACCAAACCUCAAAUCGAGCUUCAGAUUCCCCGACAAGAAGCCACGUUACGGCAAAUGCAGGAAGAAUCAAGCCGCUGGUCUCGGUACCACCGCCUACGACGGCUGCGGCGAGUUCGUUAGCUCCAUUUCCGGCGAAGAUUGCGCCGCAUGCGGCUGCCACCGUAACUUCCACCGGGAAGAAGAAGAAUCCAUUCUCGAAAGAUGCAUAAGAUCCGGCACAGUCGAUGAGUCGGUCCUUGAAAUGCUUAAGAUUUCAGAGUAUCAGUUUCGGCAGAUCUUCUGCUCGCCUUACGGUGAUCGUCGCCGAUCUAAGGGAGAGGAGGAUUUAGUGGAGGAGGAGAGAGUGAAGAGGUUGAAGACGAAGUUCACGGCGGAGCAGACGGAGAAAAUGCGGAGUUACGCGGAGAAGCUACGGUGGAAAGUGAGCCCUGAGAACAGAGACGAAGUUGAUGAGUUUUGUGUAGAGAUUGGAGUUAAUCCGAAGAAUUUUAGGGUUUGGAUGAAUAAUCACAAGGACAAAAACUGA